AAAUAACAAAUUCACUCCUCUUUUUCCCUCUCUACAAUACCCGAAAACCCCUUUUAAAUACAACUCAUUUCCAUCACACCAAAAAACAAAAAACAAAAAAGGCCCAUAUUUUAUUACUACUUUUUUCUCUAUGGCUGAAGAAUUUCAAGAAUAUGAAGUGAUUUUUCAAGAAAAUGUUUUACAUCAAGAGGUACAAAAAUUAGCUGAUGAUGAUGAAGAGUAUGACUUCCAAAUUCGUCGUAACAACAAGGUAUCUAGAAUAAAGAAACUAAAGCGGAAUUCCAAUUCUGUCCCCGUGAAUAUUCCUGACAAAACUUCAUGGUUCAAGUACGUGGAAAAAAAAGCGAACUUUUUUCAAGACGAUGAUGACGAUGACGAUGACGAUGAAAUUGUACCACCCCAUGUUAUAACUGGCCGUAGAAUUGCUGGAAAAAUGAUGGCAUUUUCAGUUUGUACUGGAAAUGGAAGGACCCUUAAAGGAAGAGAUUUGAGUCAAGUAAGGAAUUCAAUUCUUAAGAUGACUGGUUUUCUGGAAACGUGACUUUAGAGUUCAGUCUAUUUAUUUUUUUCACAUUAGAAUUAAGAAGAGGAAAAGUCUACAAAAAAAAUAAAAAAGAGAGAACUUUUUAACUUCUUUUUUUCUUAUGUACUUCCAUUUAUUUAUGGAAUUCCAAUUCCAUGCUCCAUCAUUGUAAUAGAGAAACAAAAAGUUAUAUAUGAAUUAUUCAUUUCCUCAAAAGAAAUGAAAGUUCAAAUUUUGAUGAUUCAA